CGCUCUUCCCGAAAUCGGCCGCCGUGCCGUCCUGCACCACUCCGGCUGCAGUGAGUCGCUGUGAGCGGCAGUGAGCGGCGGUACUGUGACAUCACGGUCGGUAGAGGCACACAGGGAACCGGCCGCCGGGCCGCGCCAUUCCGCCGUCGCAGCCGUCAUGCAGCGCACGUGGCUCGUGGUGGCGUUGCUGGGCCAGCUGGCUGCCGGGGAGCAGCCGCCGGUCGAGCUGGACUCGCCGCCGGCGCCGGCCGGCUGCAGCGCGCGGGUGGCCGAGCUCCGCUCGCGGAGCGGCGAGGUGUUCGGCGUCCGGCCGGCCGUCUCGCAGGCGGAGGCGGCCGGCGUGCUGGUCGGCGUCGGUCUGCUGGCCGCCUGUGUGGCCUUCACGUUCACGGCGAUCCGACGGCACGUGUUCCACGACGCCGACAGCCUGGACACGGCGUUCGACGCCGGCGGCCGGGUGUCGGUCGGCCUCAGGGCCACCACCAUCGUCUCGCAGUGGACGUGGGCCGCCUCGCUGCUGCAGUCGUGCACGGUGGCCGCCAAGUUCGGCAUCAGCGGCCCGUACUGGUACGCCGCCGGCGCCACCAUUCAGAUCAUCCUGUUCGCCGUGCUCUCCAUCCAGCUCAAGACGCGCGCGCCCGGCGCCAAGACGUUCCUGCAGGUGGUGCACGCACGGUUCGGCCGGCCGGCGCACCUGGUCUACUGCGCGAUGGCCGUGCUCACCAGCACGCUGGUCACGCUCAUGCUGCUGCUCGGAGGCACGGCCGUGCUGCGCGCUCUGGUGGCCGACCUGAGCACCGAGAUGGCGGCCAUGCUGCUGGCGGCCGUGUUCGGCGGUUACACGCUAAUCGGCGGCCUGGGCGCCACCUUCUACGUGUCCUACUUCAACACGGCGCUGAUAUUCGCGCUGUUGCUGGCGCUGGUGGUGGCCGUCUACCACGGCGAGGACGCCGUGCUCGGCAGCGCCGACCACAUGUUCGAGCUGCUCUCCUGCUGGCCGGCCGCCGACGGCAACCGCGACAACAGCUUCCUCACCUUCUUCUCCAGCGGCGGACUCGUGUUCGGCAUCGUCAACAUCGUCGGCAACUUCGGCACCGUGUUCUGUGACCAGGCCUACUGGCAGAGCGCCGUGGCCGCGCGGCCGUCGCACGGCGUCUGGGGCUUCGUGCUGGGCGGCCUGACCUGGUUCGCCAUUCCGUUCACGCUGGCCACCACCAUGGGCCUGGCGUACGUGGCGCUGAGCUCGGCGCAGGCCGGCCCGCUGCUCACAGACGCCGACGUGGCCAGCGGCCUGGUGGCGCCCGUGGUGGCGCAGACGCUGCUCGGACGCGCCGGCGUGUUCGUCAUGCUGCUGCUCAUCCUGAUGGCCGUCAUGUCUACCGGCUCGGCCGAGGUGAUCGCCGUCGCCUCUAUCAUCGUGUACGACGUGUUCCAGACGCACCUGCGCCCGUUCCGCGCGGACCUGCCGUUCGGCCACUGUCCGCUCUGCAGCCUGCCGCGACUCGACUGCGCCUCAGGACCCGACUCCGGUAAGGCGGCCUGCCGCUGCCAGCCGAUGGCGAGCUGCGCCGCGUGCGCGUCCGACAGGGCCGCCCAGCGCGCCGCGCCGUUCGCCGAGAGUCCCUCGUUGCAGUGCGGCACGCACGGGGCGUACCGCGCCUACCAGCAGAUGCUGCUCGGCUACAAGAGCUGGAGCGUGGUGUGCGUGUCGCUGCUGACGGUGCCGCUCUGCCUGUUCGGUGCCGCCGUCAACUUGAACUUGGAGUGGACCUACUACCUGACGGGCACGCUGGUCUCGUCGGCGGUGGCGCCGGUGGCCAUGGCACUGCUCUGGGACCGCACCAGCGCCACCGGCAUGCUGGGAGGCGCCCUGGGCGGCACCGCCUGCGGCCUAACCGCCUGGCUGGCCACGGCCUCGCAGCAGCCGGCCGGCCUGGCCGACUUCAUGGCCAGCACCGGCCGGCAGAUGCCCAUGCUGGCCGGCAACCUGGCCUCCAUCUGCGCCGGCGGCCUGCUGUGCGGUCUGCUCUCGCUGCGGGACAGCUGGCACCUGACGGCCGAGCAGCGCGCCGCCGCCUGGCUCGCCACGCGCAGCAUCGACAACCCGCUGACGCCGUGGUCGGCGGCGCUGUCCGGCAGCGGCGGCGGCCGGCCGGCGCCCUCCGAGCUGGUGCGCCGGUUCGCCGGCGCGCGGCGCACAGCGCUGGCCGUCGGCGGCACGCUCACCGCAGUGCUGGUGGUGCUGUGGCCCGCCGCCAUGACGGCCGCCCACCCGAUGGACCUGGUCGGCUUCCGCGUCUGGACGGGCGUGUCGCGCGCCUGGGCCGUGCUGGCGGCGGCCUUCAUCAUCCUGGUGCCGCUGGCGCAGGAGACGUGGGCGGUUCGGCGCCAGUGGCGGCGGAACCGAGCGGCGAGCCGGCGCUCCCUGCACGGACACGACGGGCCGGCCGCCGCGGGCACGGACAUCACCCACCUGUAGCGCGGACCGUCUAGAUCAGCUGUGUUCCAAUCGUAUAGCUCCCGUCUGUGUCACCCUGAGUAGGAAGAACGACCCACCUAGUUAGAUCAGCUGCCGUCUCAGUGUAGAUUGUAGAUCAAUUGACGUCUGUGGCCCAAUUUGGAGCGAACGGCCUGGUGUCAGCGCCAGACUCCUCCUCCCCCACAUAUAUAGCGAGUCCAUCCGAGCUCGACAACAGUUAUCAUAUUCAUGAAACCAUUAUGUGUAAAUAUAACCAUAAUAUAUCGAUCAGUGCUCAAGAUGGAGGGUGUUGCGGUGGAAAAUAUACAUUGGAAUUGAGAGGACAAGCCGCUGACCUUGGGUAAAAUAAGCAGCGAAAGCCCGUUUUGAGCUGAUUCAGUGGUAAGAUCACGGAGGUUAGGUUAGAUGACGUGGCUGGUG